UAUUGUAUUCUACUCUUCACCAAAAAGAAAAAGAAAAAAAAAAGGAAAAAGAGAAAAAUACCUUCUUGCUCUCUCUCUUCCCCAAAAGGAAAACUAAGAAGGAUUGAUAUGAAAAUACAAUAAAGGAGAUAGGGAGAGAGAUUCAGAGAGAUAUCAAAAAAAAGAGGGAGAGAGAUUGAGAGAGAUAUCAAAAAAAAGAAAAAAGAAAAAAAGAUACCAUCUUUGACAUCAGCCUCUAGAAAUUUCAUCCGGGUAUUAAUAUCCACAUUUCUAUCUCAUUUUUCAUUCAUCUAUCCCCGUAUCUAUCAAUUCGAGUCAUGGGGCGAGGUAGGGCGAGCAAACCGGCGGCGGCAGCGGCGGCGGCGCAGGGCGGAGAGAUAGCGGGAUCGGGAUCUCAAGAGAUAAGGUACCGUGGGGUUCGGAAGAGGCCAUGGGGGAGAUUCGCGGCUGAAAUUCGAGACCCAUGGAAGAAAACUAGGGUUUGGCUUGGUACUUUUGAUUCUGCUGAAGAUGCUGCAAGAGCGUAUGAUGCUGCUGCCGUGAAUUUUCGGGGCCCCAAAGCUAAGACCAAUUUCCCUUUUGAUCCCAGGUUUUUCAACCCUAAUUUAUCCCCUUUUGCCCCUGAUAAUCACUUGAUUGUUGCUGCUCACCGUCCGGCUUCUAGUGGUAUGAGUAGCACCGUUGAGUCUUUUAGUGGCCCUAAUCGCCCUGCUCAGAUUGCUGCUUCUUUGCCUUCGAGGAGGUUUCCUCGGUCUCCUCCUAUUUCGCCUGAUGAUUACCACAGUGAUUGUGAUUCCUCCGGUUCUGUCGUUGAUAAUCGUCAAGGAGUUGCUCAUGCUGAUGUCGGUUCCUCCUCGGUCUGUAAGCCACUGGGGUUUGAUCUUAACUUCCCCCCUCCCGAUGAUGACGAUGGUGGUGAUCUUGAUUGCACUGCUCUUAGGCUUUGAAUGCUCUCGAGCUUCAAUUGGGUCGACAUUUUAUCUUUAAUUUUAUUUGCUCUUUCUUGCAGAAAAGAAACAAUCAUAGACGAGACUAAGACUUAGAUAAAAAAAAAAAAAUCAUUUUCUGUGUUUCUUAAACGGGGUUUUACAUGUUUGAUGAGAAUUUACCCUUUCUUGAUGUCAAGUUCUAAGCUUUAUCAGUAUUUCAUCAGACUGUGUGCUGCUGAUGAUCUUUGUAUGCAAUUGGGGUAAAAUGUCUUCAACUACAUCUAGGCUUUUUAAUCUUUAAAGUCUAUUGUUGCUCAAGUCUUAAAUUAAACUCAGUUCUGAUGUUGAUCUGUAAUGCUUGUUGCCGCUCAUGUUGUGUAUGUAAAGAUUGAAACUUCUAUUGUGGCAGGCUUUCAUUUCUA